UUUUAUGUUAACGUCUGCUUGUUGGCUGCUACUGGUGGAGGUAGAGCUGCACCUGCAGUUACAGAAGUUACAGAAGUGCUACUUACAUUCACAUCAGGUCCAUGCUCAAAUGACACACUUCGUUGGAACCGCGAGAAACGAGUGAUAGAGAUAUGCAAUGGUGUAGAGUGGGUUGGAGUCAGUGGGUGUUCCAUACCAAAAGGCUCAAAAACUGUCCCUGGAGCAUCAUGCAAAGACAUCCAGCAGCAAGGAGUUGAAGAGAAUGGCAUUUACUGGAUACAACCACCAGGAUCUAACUUUUCAUUUCAGGCUUAUUGUGACAUGCAAACGGAUGGAGGUGGUUGGAUGCUGCUGUAUGCAUACAAACACAGAAAAGGCACUAAAUAUGAUCUCGUUACUGCAUUGCCAACCAGCCCUGAUGGAUACUCACAUCAACUGCUCAACAACUUGGGAAUAUCCGCAGGGUGGGCACAAGAGUUGAGAUUUUACUGUACAACAAGCCACCACAACAGAGUCGUUCAUUUUAAAACAAACAACAGAAAUAUUAUUCAAACUGCUUAUGACGGCAACAAACAUUUCUCUGUGUUAGACUGGAGGACAAAAACUGAAAAGUUGAAUGGACACACAGCAUACCUUCCAGAUGCAGCCGAUGGUGUUAAUGGCAGUGGUCAACAAAAAGCAUUUACAUACUUUCCUUUCUACACUAAUGGUCACUACCACUGGGCAAUCUCGGCUUUAUCUCGUUUUGAGUGUGAUGAUUUUCCAAACAACUACAAUUAUGAUACCAUCCACCGCAUCUUUGUCAGAGAUUAGUCUGGUACUGAUGAUAUGUUGUAAAAGACAAGCUAUGCAUGCAAUGACUGUAGAGUUUGCAUGCGUGUGAUGUACAACUACUAGAAGUGUGUUUGUCGUUCCAAUACAAACGCAAAGCAAGAAUUUCUGA